AAGCAGGCAAACUUGUGUAGCGGCAAAAAAUGUAACUAAUGUACGAUUUGUGGCUGCAUAACUUGCAGGCGAAGUUGCUGAAAUAAACAAACAAAAAAGCAGAAUGGAUGACGAUCCGGUUGGAAGUUUGCAAAAUUAUAAGCUACAGCUUCAGCAGGUUGAAGCAGCGCUCACCACAGAUCCAGAGAAUGCAGAGUUGUUGAAGUUAAAAGAAGAUCUUCAGGAAGUGAUUGCACUAACGUCGGAUCUCGCCAAGGCAUACACAGAGGAGCUCGAAAAGAAGCAAGCAGGGAAAAAGAAAAAUGAAGCGUCAGGAUCUGGUACCGGAGUUCGCAAAGACUGGAAGAUCGGCGAUCGCUGCUUGGCCAUAUGGAGUCAAGAUGGUUUGUAUUACGACGCCACAGUUGGAGAGGUCGACCUUGCUGCUGGAGAGGUCACUGUACUUUUUGACAGUUACCAGCACUCCGAAACCCUGAAGAUCGAGCAGCUCAGAGAUCUGGAGCAGAAGGAGUCGCUGAAACGUAAGAUGACCGAGGGCUUGAUGGCCGGAAGCAAAAUGAAGAAGCAAAUGAUGCAGCAACAGAAAGAGUAUUUGAAGAAAAAGAAACAGAAGAAGCAGCAACGCAUGAAGGAGAUAGAGGAAGUCAGGGAGACGGAAAAGAACAAAUGGCUCAGCUUUACCAAUAAGUCCUCGAGCAAAAAAGGUGUUGUCAAGAAGAGCAUUUUUGCGUCUCCUGAGACUACAGGCGGCCGUGUUGGUGUGGGCACUUGUGGAAUCGGAGGCAAACCCAUGACCGAAUAUUCGGCUGCAGACAAAUGGAAACGCGCCUCAAAAUGAGUUUAUUAAAGGACACCAUAAUCUACUUGCGUGAAUGAGGGAGUGAUUGGAGUGAAAUUUAAACAAAUUAAGUAGUUAACAUGAUGUAAUGUUAAAUCUUGGUCACUGAAUAUGACGAUCAAUAUAAAAUCACAAAAUUUAUUUCAAUAAUUUCAGAAUAUUUUUCCUCACUUUUAUAAUUAUUAAUUAACAUUAGGGAAGAGGGGCAGAGUUAUCAAUGAAACAAUGGGAUUCUAGUUUUUGUUUUUUAUAACAUGUACAGACAGGUUUUGCUUUCAACUUGGUUUACAACAAAGGAUUGUGAAAAGCAACAAAUAAAUUUUCCGGAUUUC